AUGAGGUGUUGCACUAAGAAUGCAGUGAACGUAGAAAGCCCUAAGAAGGUAAUCGUUGUCGAAACGGAGGAUGACACCCGGGAAGAGGAGAACCCGUACGAAGACCUCCCCACAGUUACCGUCACGCUGAGCGACGGCUCAGUGUACACGGGCACUACGAAGGACAAUCGCGUGCACGGACGGGGGGUACUGAAGUACGCAAAUGGAGACCAAUACGAGGGAGAAUUUGUUGACGGCAAAAAGGAAGGAAAGGGAAAAUGGACAGAUAAAGAAAAUAAUACAUACGAAGGAGAUUGGGUAAAUGAUAAAAGACAUGGAAAAGGAGUAUACAAAACAGCAGACGGAUUUAUUUUUGAAGGUGAGUUUGCAAAUAACAAAAGGGAAGGAGAAGGAACCAUUAUCACUCCGGAGAUGACUAAAUAUGUUUGUUCAUUCCAGGAUGAUGUGGAGGUAGGAGAAGCGGAAUUUUUUUUUGCAAAUGGUGACCAUGCCCUUGGGUAUAUUAAAGAUGGUUACUUAUCUCAAAAUGGAAGAUAUGAAUUUAAAAAUGGAGAUAUUUACGUGGGAAAUUUCGAGAAAGGAUUAUUUCAUGGCGAAGGGUACUACAAAUGGAACAACGAUGCGAAUUACGCAGUUUAUGAGGGGCAUUAUUCUGAAGGAAAGAAACACGGGAAGGGUCAGCUCAUCAAUAAGGACGGCCGCAUAUUGUGUGGUGUAUUCAGGGAUAAUAAUAUGGACGGCGAGUUUUUAGAAAUUAGUCCUCAAGGGAAUCAAACGAAGGUCCUGUACGACAAGGGAUUUUUUGUCAAAGUUCUGGACAAGAUUGAAGAAAACCUAGACGUGCAGGAAUUCCUCAAGGAUUCCAUCAUUCACACAACUAUUUUUUCCGACCCGAAUACGUAUAAGAAGUUGUAUGAGAUCAAGGAAAAGAAGAAGCCCCAGUUUCGCCUUAACUUAAAAAGGACGCAGCCGAGGAGUUGA